GUCACACUAACGUUUAUUACCAUUUCAUCAAGAUUACGAUGUUAACUGCUCUUAUUAUUCAACAUCCCCAAGUUUUAAAUCCCAUUGUUUAACUCUUUUUUCUUUUUUUUUAACAACAUUUUCUGCACUUUUUCUCUUAGAAUUUGAAUAAUAAAGAAACCCAAAGACAUAAUGGUUUAAGGGUUUUCUGUUUUUGUGUUUAUUUGUUUUUAUCAUUUUGGUUAGGGUUUGUGAUUUAGGGUCUCUGGCUGUGCUUUUUGUUGUUGCAACUAAGUCGUAAUGCUUUAAUAAGUUUAUUAUCUUGCUGGGUUUUUUUACAGGAUGCAAUCUUCUUCACAAGCUGUGGACGCAAAAGCAGAAUUUCGCAAGCCUUUAAAUGAUGCGGGUAAUAGGAAAUAUAGGCGUCGCUCUCCAGUUAAUGGGUCCUCUUCAUCCGAUGGGAGUCCUAAACAUGACCGGAGCUCUAGUCCAGUCCUUUCAAGGGAAGAUCCUGCUAAAGCCUCUGAACAUCAACAAAGGAGGAGGGAUGAUGAGAGGGAAGGAGGCAGAGAUUCUGGUAGAUAUCAGUGUGGUAGAAGUGGUAAUUUAUAUAUAAGUUCUGAUCACCAAUCCUUCAGGAGUUCCCAUGGUUACUCUAGGCAUCAUGACUAUGGCAGACAUGACAAGCAUGCCAAUGAUGAAGAGAGAAAUUAUCAGAGGUUAUCAUCUCGUACUGGUCGGGAAUCAAGAAAUAGUUCUCAUUCUAAUUAUGAAAGGCAAGAGAGUGACUCUAGUAGGUCUAAAGUCAAUUUCAGUGAUGCUGACAAAUCUAUCCGUGAUAGAAAUAUUGUUACUGGGCAUAGAAGCAAGGAUAAGGAGAAAAAAUUGUCAUACUUAGAGCGUCAGAAGUAUAAAGAUAAGGAUUUCUCAUUUGACGGAGCUGGAUCUGCUAGGAGACACACUAGCUCAAAUUCGGAAGAGACAGAUAAAGAUAGGCAUAAGUGGGAUAAGGAUGUCAGAGAUGAAAAAAGAGAUAAUCGCAGGAGUUUGGGAGACUAUAGAAAUGAUCGUUCAGUCACCUAUGAAGAAUCAAGGGGCUAUCGAAAUCAUUCAUCUUCUGAAAGGGACCAUGGUGGGCACCACUUAAAAGAAGCGUAUAAGAGUGACUUGAAGGAACUGGAUGGACAAAAGCAUGCCAAAGAGGAGAAGAAAAAAUAUGAUGAUGGGAAAACAAACAGGGACAAAGACCGGUACUAUAGAGAAAAAGCUGAUUUUGUAAGUGAAAAUCAAGAAACUCUGGCCAAGAAACCAAAGUUUUCGAACUGGGAUAAAGGCUCUGAUUUUGUGAAAGAUGCUGCGGAAAAGAUGUCUUCAAGUUCAAAGAAAGUUCAGGAAAUUGGUGGUAAUGUUGCUUUUUCUCAGGCCAAUGAUGGUGACUCUGUCACAAAUGAGCUAAAUGCGGCAAAAAUUGCUGCAAUGAAAGCCGCUGAAUUAGUUAAUAGGAACCUUGGUGGGGGCGGUUACUUGUCUACUGAUCAAAAGAAGAAGCUAUUGUGGGGAAACAAAAAAAGUACAACCACAGAAGAGGUAAUUCCAUCUGGUCAUCGCUGGGACACUGCAUUGUUUGGUGAUCAUGAUCGACAGGAGAAGUUCAACAAACUCAUGAGCCUGAGGUUGCCUUGGUACAUAUGGCCAAUUGUAGGGUGUGAAGGGCGAAUCGAAGGUAGUGCACAAACCCGACAAUCAAGAUGGCAGUGCUCUCCUCCAAGCCGAGAAGCAGAGAGAACUGCAGCUGGAUUUGGAGAAGCAGUACACAGCUGGACUUCGACGGAGAGAUGGACGCACUGUUGGAUUAGGUCUUUAAGCAUCAAGCCAGGAUCUGUUUCUACUCUCCCGAUCAGGCUUUAUGACAAUCUGUUGUGCUCAUGUUCAAUAAUCUUAAAUCUUGUGUUUUUACAGAGACAGCUUGUUAGGGAACUUAGUUCCUGCCAUUGGGCAUUUCAGAUCUUAGAAACUGAAAAAUGUCACUUGAACUUUGUCGCCUUUAAAUCUAUAAAUGGGGUUGCAUUCAUAUAUGUUGUUGGGAAGUUGUCAUCAUCUGUGUCUAGCUUUCUAUAUCACAAGAAUACAACAGUUUCAUAUAUGAAGAAACAGCAGUUAGCCCUUUAAUCA